CACCCAUUAACUAAUUUAGGAGAGGUUUUGUUUACAACGGGGUGAUUGCCAUUGGAGAUGUUGAUGGCUUUCAAGCUUUUUUACUCUUUGAGUUCUUCUGACAAGGCAUUGAGUCUAAUAAUUGCAAACUACAAGUAGUCUGCUACAUCCUACAUAUUCCGGCUGCCAUUUAGUUCUACUUUUAUUUAUUAUUGAUGAUCAAAAUUAUUAUGUAAUCUAGACAACUAGAGAAGUCAUUUUGAGGCUGGGAUUAUGUACAACAGAAUGAGUGGCAGCAAGUUACUCUCCACUUGUCAUUACCAUCAGAUCCCUCCAUUUGUCAGAAACUCUCUCCUGUUGGCUUGUAACAGCACUACCCCACAAAACUCACUUCCCUUUCAACCCAAACGGCCCUCCAUUUUGGCCACCAAUCUCAUCAAGUCGUACUUCGACCAGGGCCUGGUAAAGGAAGCCCGUGUACUGUUCGACGAAAUGCCUGACCGAGACGUGGUUUUAUGGUCGGCCAUGAUUGCCGGCUACGCAUCUUGCAGCUACCACGCCGAUGCGUGGAUGGUGUUCUGCCUGAUGAUGAAGGAAGAUAAGGAGCACCCAAAUGAAUUUACACUGUCAAGUGCGUUGAAGGCUUGUAAAGGCAUGAACUUGCUCUCUUGUGGCGCUCUGGUUCAUGGCUUGGCUAUUAAGCGCGGAUUCUUUGGUUCCACGUACGUUGACAAUGCACUUUUGGACGUGUACGCGAGCUGCUCUGUUUCAAUGCAUGAGGCUUGCAUGGUUUUUCAAGAAAUUCGUCCAAAGAGUGCUGUAUCAUGGACUACAUUGAUCACUGGCUAUACUCAUCGCGGUGAUGGCUAUGGAGCGCUCCAAGCUUUCAAGAAAAUGCUAUGGCAGGAGGAUGCUGAAGCAAAUGCAUUUUGCUACUCAAUUGUAGUAAGAGCUUGUGCCUCGAUGGGUUCUCACAUUUGCGGGAAGCAAAUUCAUGCGUCGGUAAUUAAACAUGGUUAUGAAGCGAAUAUUCCUGUAAUGAAUUCUGUUUUAGACAUGUACUGUAGGUGCAGCUGUUUAAGGGAAGCAAAUCAGUGUUUUCAUGGGAUGACUUCAAGAAAUUUGACUUCCUGGAACACAUUAAUUGCUGGAUAUGAGAAAUUUAAUCCUAUCGAAGCGCUCUAUAUAUUUUCGGUCAUGGAGAGUGAAGGUUUCAGUCCCAAUUGCUUCACAUUCACCAGUGCUAUGGCUGCCUGUGCUAAUUUAACAGUUUUGAGCUGUGGGCAGCAGGUCCAUGGAGCUAUUAUUCGGAAAGGCCUUGAAAGAAACAUGGCAUUGGCUAAUGCACUUGUAGAUAUGUAUGCCAAAUGUGGAAACAUUGCAGAUUCCCGGAACAUUUUUGGUGAUAUGUCACAGAAAGAUUUGGUUUCUUGGACUUCUAUGAUGAUUGGAUAUGGCACCCAUGGAUUUGGCAAAGAGGCUGUUGAGUUGUUUGAUGAGAUGGUCGUUUCGGGUAUCAGGCCCGAUCAAAUUGUGUUUAUGGCAGUUUUGAGUGCUUGCAGCCAUGCUGGGCUCACAGAUGAAGGCUUGAGUUAUUUCAAGUUAAUGACAGAUGACUACAACAUUGCCCCAAAUCAGGAGAUUUAUGGAUGUGUUGUGGAUCUGCUAGGACGUGCCGGGAGAGUCAAGGAGGCUUAUGAGCUGAUAGAGAGUAUGCCAUUUAAGCCCAACGAAUCUGUUUGGAGUGCAUUUCUUGGCGCUUGCAGAGCGCAUAGGCUCCCUGACCUGGGAAAAUUGGCAUCAAGAAGGGUAUUGGCUUUGAGGCCAAGAGUGGCGGGUACUUAUGUGAUGCUGUCAAACAUUUAUGCAGAUGAAGGCAAGUGGGGAGAGUUUGCAAGACUGAGGAAGUUGAUGAGAAGAAUGGGGAGUAAAAAGGAGGCUGGAAGAAGCUGGGUUGAGAUAAGAAAUGAGGUUCACAGUUUUGUUGUUGCAGAUAAGCUGGGUUUGCAUAUACACUUGGUCUACACUGUCCUGGAUAUGCUAGUCCACCAUAUGGUAGAUGCAGAUUAUGUUCCUGAUUUAGAUUGCUUGACGAGCAGUUUUGAACAUGUCACUUGAAUGGGCUGCACUCAUGACCAAAGGGAUCAAGACAUUCAUCCAGAAAACUUAAACUUAUGCUUAGCCUCUGUUGGCUGUCUUGCAGGGAAGUAAACAAAGUAGAGAUCAACUGUUUUGGGGUAAAAUGGAAUUUUCAGUUCGGUUAGGUCAAUACCCGAAAAAGGGCAUCUUAUUCUUGUUAAAAACUGAAAGAAGAUGCUCGAUCAAACAUCAAACAUCAAACAUCAGCCAGUAUAGAUGGGUAAGGAAUAUGGAAGUCACACCCCUCCCUCCGGGCCAUAUUAUGUAAGUCGGUGUGCAUAAAUCACUAGUCGGGCAAAUAAGCCAAGACCCAAAGGGGAUUUGCAGUUGCCCAGAACUAGUCUGGUACUUGAAGAAAUGCAGAGGCAGAGGCUCUCUGAACUCCUUUUGUAAGUCCAAAAUAUUCCCUCUUUUUUCCUUUUUCUUGUAAACCUCAUGCUAUUUGUUUUCACUACAUUACUUUACCAAACAAAGAGAGGAAGAUUGAUGAAAUAUGAUUUCGAUUCAGAUUCAUAUCUUCAGCCGCCUUCUGUUUUUAGUAAGAUUGUAACAAAAUAUUAUUGACCAAGUCCUUUGUGCUGUGAUUUUAAUUUAUAUUCUUAACUGGUAGCACUGCUGUGCAU